AAACAAAGCAAAAAAAACAAAACAAAACAAACCUCCUCUAUUCUCCUUCCUCUUCUUCUUCUUCUUCAUGCAGGGGGGGGAGAGAGAGAGAGAGAGAGAGAGAGAGAGCUCUAAUGGCGAACGUGUUCGCACCGAUAUGAACGAAUCCACACUUGUCCGCGCCCUUCGAUCGAACCUUUCGAUACCCGUUUCCUCUUUUACUCUGUUUGGAGCUCUAUAGAUAAGGAAUCUAUGCCCUCUCCUUUCUCUUGUUCCUAUCUUUGUUCAAAAAGGAUCAAAUGCUUCUUCGUUUAUAGCAUAGCAAUAACCAGAUGGAGUUCUCAUCACAGAUCAUCACAUCUUUCGCGUGGCUUCUAUAGAUAGAAACACGCCCCAUAUCGCUGUUUCCUUAAUAAAAACCUCAUCUUGAAUAGCUAGUACAUAGUAGUAGUAGCAGCAGCAGCAGCAGUAGUGUUCAUAUUGCAGGGUAGUUUAGUUGUUUGGAGUGUUGGAUUUGGGAUUGGAAAUGGCGGGGAAUGAGUGGAUUAAUGGGUAUUUGGAGGCGAUAUUGGAUAGCGGGGCCGCGGCGGGGGGUGGGGAGCAGAGGGGGCCGGCGGCGGCGGGGGCGGUGAGCUUUCGGGAUAGGGGGCAUUUCAAUCCGGCCAAGUAUUUUGUGGAGGAGGUGGUGACAGGGGUGGAUGAGAGUGAUCUCCACAAGACCUGGAUCAAGGUGGUUGCGACGCGCAACUCGCGCGAGCGGAGCUCGCGGCUCGAGAACAUGUGCUGGCGCAUCUGGCACCUCACCCGCAAGAAGAAGCAGCUUGAAUGGGAGGAUUUUCAAAGGCUGACGAAGAGGAGGUGGGAGCGGGAGCAGGGACGGCGUGAAGCCACGGAGGACAUGUCGGAGGAUCUUUCGGAAGGAGAAAAAGGAGACACCGUAGGUGAAUUGCUGCAGAGCGAGACUCCGAGAAAGAAAAUUCAAAGGAAUAUCUCCGACCUACAGCUCUGGUCCGACGAUAAUAAAGGGAAGAAGCUGUACAUUGUGCUCAUCAGUUUGCACGGUCUGGUUCGUGGGGAAAACAUGGAACUCGGUCGAGACUCUGAUACAGGUGGUCAGGUAAAGUAUGUUGUCGAGCUCGCCCGCGCCCUCUCAAUGAUGCCGGGGGUGUAUAGAGUUGACCUUUUCACCCGCCAGAUAUCAUCCCCUGAUGUCGACUGGAGCUACGGGGAGCCAGCUGAAAUGCUAACCUCGGGCUCGUAUGAGCCAGAAGGAAACGAUCUUGGAGAGAGUGCUGGAGCUUAUAUUAUACGUAUACCAUUUGGCCCGCGGAAUAAGUAUCUAAGGAAGGAAUUACUGUGGCCCUACCUUCAAGAAUUCGUCGACGGGGCUCUCGCCCACAUUCUGAACAUGUCUAGGGUGUUAGGGGAACAGGUCGGUGGGGGGCAGCCGGUUUGGCCAUAUGUGAUUCAUGGGCAUUAUGCAGAUGCUGGUGAUGUGGCUGCACUCCUUUCCGGUGCCCUAAAUGUGCCGAUGGUUCUUACAGGCCAUUCACUGGGGAGGAAUAAGUUGGAGCAGCUUCUUAAGCAAGGGAGAAUGUCGAAGGAGGAUAUUAAUGCGACGUAUAGGAUAAUGAGACGGAUCGAAGCCGAGGAGUUGUCUUUAGAUGCCGCUGAGUUGGUUAUUACGAGCACGAGGCAGGAGAUCGAUGAGCAGUGGGGAUUGUAUGAUGGAUUUGAUGUGAAGCUUGAGAGGGUGUUGAGGGCACGAGCUCGACGAGGUGUUAGCUGCCAUGGCCGUUAUAUGCCAAGGAUGGUCGUUAUUCCACCAGGUAUGGAUUUUAGUAAUGUCGUGGUCCCGGAAGACAGCACCGAGGCUGAUGGAGAUUUCGAGCUUAUCGGUGCAGAUGGUGCUUCUCUUAAAUCCAUCCCGCCUAUUUGGUCGGAGGUGAUGCGUUUCCUCACAAAUCCUCACAAACCAAUGAUCCUGGCGCUAUCAAGACCCGAUCCGAAGAAGAACAUCACCACCCUCGUGAAAGCAUUUGGAGAAUGCCGCCCUUUGAGAGAGCUCGCAAAUCUGACGUUGAUAAUGGGGAACAGGGACGACAUUGAUGAGAUGUCCGGCGGCAACGCAAGUGUCCUCACUACAGUUCUGAAGCUGAUCGAUAAGUAUGAUCUCUAUGGACUUGUGGCCUUCCCGAAGCAUCAUAAGCAAUCUGAUGUUCCUGAAAUCUACAGGCUUGCGGCAAAAACAAAGGGGGUCUUCAUAAAUCCAGCUCUAGUCGAGCCUUUUGGCCUCACUCUAAUCGAGGCGGCGGCACAUGGGCUUCCAAUGGUGGCUACGAAAAAUGGAGGUCCAGUCGACAUCCAUCGGGCACUGAACAAUGGCUUGCUUGUUGAUCCUCACGAUCAAAAAGCUAUAGCUGAUGCACUCCUAAAGCUUGUGGCGGAGAAGAACUUAUGGCAGGAAUGCCGCAAGAAUGGUCUUCGGAAUAUCCACCUCUUCUCGUGGCCAGAGCACUGCCGGACGUACCUCACCCGGGUUGCUGCGUGCCGGAUGCGGCAUCCACAGUGGAAGACUGAUACUCCGACCGAUGGUGACAUGGCCAUUGAAGAAUCACUCGGCGACUCCCUUACAGACGUUCAAGAAUCAUCUCUCCGUCUAUCUGUUGACGGCGAGAAGAGCUCCCUCAACGGGUCCCUCGAGUAUGACCCAGUAGAUUUAGAGAAGGUGACUACGGGCGAUCCCGAGUUGCAAGACCAAGUGAAGAAAAUUCUCAGCAAAAUCAAGAAACAGGCUCCUGAAGCAAAGGGCGCAGAUAGUAGCAAGAAGCUAUCAGAUACCUCUGGACCUACUCUUAACAAGUAUCCUCUUCUUCGGAGGCGUCGGAGGUUAUUUGUGAUCGCUCUUGACUGCUACAAUGAGAAGGGAGCUCCUGAGAGAAAGAUGCUUCGGGAAAUACAGGAGGUCUUCAGGGCCGUCCGAUCAGACUCACAGUUGUCGCGGAUCUCCGGGUUCGCUGUCUCGACUGCGAUGCCGAUUUCCGAGACACUCGAACUUCUGAAGUUGGGGAAGAUUCCACCCACAGAUUUCGACGCAUUGAUUUGCAGCAGUGGGAGUGAGGUGUAUUAUCCGGGCACGGCACAGUGCAUGGAUGCUGAUGGCAAAUUAUGCGCAGAUCCAGACUACGCAACUCACAUUGAAUAUCGGUGGGGAUAUGAUGGAGUGAAGAGGACGAUCGUGAAAUUGAUGGCCACCCAGGAUGCUCGAGGCAACGCUAACAAGACAGAUAACUCUUCAAGCAAUAUCGGGGAGGAUGUGAAGUCCAGCAAUGCCUACUGCGUCUCAUUCUUCAUUAAGGAUCCGACAAAGGCAAAGCCCGUUGAUGAGCUGCGACAGAAGUUGAGGAUGCGUGGGCUGCGUUGCCAUGUCAUGUAUUGCAGGAACUCGACAAGGUUGCAGGUUAUUCCUCUCCUUGCAUCGCGAUCUCAAGCUCUCAGGUACUUUUUUGUCCGAUGGGGUCUGAAUGUCAUGAACAUGUACGUUAUCCUGGGCGAGAGGGGCGACACCGAUCAUGAGGAGCUCAUGUCGGGGUCCCACAAGACGGUGAUUGUGAAAGGAGUGGUGGAGAAAGGCUCGGACGAGCUGCUGAGGACGGCGGGGAGCUAUCAGAAGGAAGACAUCGUCCCCGAGGACAGCCCACUCAUCGUCUACACCAACGGCGAACCAAAGUCGGAGGAGAUCAUGAGGGCACUAAAAGAAGCAUCGAAGGCGGCUUCUAGAAUGUAAAAUUAUAGUGCAUCACAGUCCGUGAAGAAAUUUUCUUCGUCUCGAUGAUGGUGAAUGGUGAUGGUGGCUGAAAAACUGCUGCUCUCUCUAUUUUGCUGUUGUUCUUGUUAUAGAAGUGUCUGUAAAGACAUAAUUGGAUCUCACAAACAUGAUGAGAUAUAAUUGUCGUCUGCUAUAAAAGGAAAACAUAUGUUGCAUUCGAGUUCUCGGGUGUAUAUUCUCAUAAACAUGAUGAAAUGCUAUAAGCUCUCUUGCCAAAUUUGGGGAGAUCAUAAUUUCCCGCUA